GCAAGAUCGCAGCACGGGACAAGACUCGCCCCUUCCCGUCCGCUGUGCCUGGAGACCGUCGUGUGCGCGCCGCCGCGCCGUGCUGAUAAAGUUCUUGUUGCAAACACUGAAUCCGGCGGCGUCGCCCCGGCCCCGCCCCCCACUUCCGGCUCUGCAGCCGCGGAGGAAGGAGGAGGAGGCCGCGGCCCGUUCCCGGCUCGGGCCUCGCGGGGAUGGUGUUGGCCGCUGCGGCGGGAGCCGGGACCUGAGGCGGCGGCGGCCAGGUUGAUGGUAGCAGUUAUGCUAACCCUGGCAAGCAAACUGAAGCGGGAUGAUGGUGUCAAAGGGCCCCGUGCAUCUAAUCCAGCUUCCGAUUCUACUCGGAGAGUGUCAGUUCGAGAUAAACUGCUUGUUAAAGGUACAUGUAAAGUGAAUUUUCCUGACCCAAACAAACUCCAUUACUUCCAGUUAACUGUAAUCCCAGAUGAGGGUUAUUACCAAGGUGGAAAAUUUCAGUUUGAAAUUGAAGUUCCAGAUGCCUAUAAUAUGGUGCCUCCAAAGGUAAAAUGUUUGACUAGAAUCUGGCAUCCGAACAUCACAGAGACGGGUGAAAUCUGUUUAAGUUUAUUGAGAGAACAUUCAAUUGAUGGCACUGGCUGGGCUCCAACUAGAACAUUAAAGGAUGUUGUUUGGGGAUUAAACUCUUUAUUUACUGAUCUCUUGAAUUUUGAUGAUCCUUUGAAUAUUGAGGCUGCAGAACACCAUUUGCGUGACAAGGAGGACUUUCGGAAUAAAGUUGAAGAUUACAUUAAGCGCUAUGCAAGAUGAUGGUGGGAGAUGGAUGGCAGGACCAUGGAUUUCACAGUAUAGAGUUGUCUUUAACUUUAAACAACACAAAAAACCUGGAUUGUACCAGUCCUGUGUCCUUGUUGUAUUGAAGAAGAAUACUAACUUCAUACUUGUCCAUAUUAAAAGGAGAGUUCAGCAUAAAUACAGCAAGAAAUUGUGUAUGUUGGUUGAAAAAAAGUUGUUUGCUUACUUAUAAAAUGUUUACUCUUCUGAAACUGUACUGUAUAUCCUGUUGAUGAGAGAUGCUUGAGAAAUUUAAAAAAAAAUCACUAUUGAAAUUGUAUUUACACUUUUUUUUAAUUUUCUUCUUGCCUACUAAAAAUAGUGAUGUGUUUCUGGAACACUUCAAAUUGGCAAUAAAAUGGUCUCCCUGUGACCCAAACCUUAA